AUGGCGCUGUCCAGCCAGAUCCUGAUAAUCCGAGCUGCAAAGCAGAAGGGCAUCCAGGUCACAUGCGAGGUCGCCCCUCACCACCUCUUCCUAUGUGAGGACAAUGUGGCGCAGAUCGGCGACGGUCGAGCGCAGGUUCGACCCAUGCUGGGAACACGCGAGGACAUGGAGACACUCUGGGAAAAUCUGGACAUUAUCGACUGCUUUGCUACAGACCACGCUCCUCACUCUGUAGACGAGAAGAACAGUGAGCGUCCUCCUCCUGGUUACCCCGGUCUGGAAACAAUGCUGCCUCUGCUGCUCACCGCCGUCAGUGAUGGACGUCUGACUCUGGAUGAUAUUACCAGACGUCUUUAUGACAAUCCACGCAGGAUCUUCAACCUGCCCGUUCAGGAAAACACCUACGUGGAGGUGGACCUGGAGCAGGAGUGGGUUAUUCCUCAGGCCAUGCAGUUCACUAAGUCUAAGUGGACUCCUUUUGAAGGUAUGAAGGUGAAAGGUAAAGUCCGCCGCGUGGUCCUGCGAGGAGAGGUGGCCUACAUCGACGGCCAGGUGCUCAUGCCUCCAGGUUACGGUGAGGAUGUGAAGACUUGGCCCACUUCUUCCACCCAUCCUGCAGAACCUGUCAAAGAAACUCCAAUGACUCCUGAGCGUCAGCGUCCAACUCCACCCCGGGAUGGAGUGCGGACUCGAGCUGCGAGCCCACGACGCAUUGGUGGAGAAAGCCGCUACCUGCUGCCGUCCCGCAUCCACCGUGCCUCUGAUCCCGGCCUGCCACCAGAGAUGGUCAUGCUCCCACCAGCCGCUGCUGUUGACGGGUACAGCCAUCCUCCCCCACUGUCCAGGCUGCUGUCCCCACAGUCUGGGUCAGGACAGAUGCCUCCUGGUCAGGUGUCACACCUGCAGAUGUCUCCUCUGCUUCACCCACUGGUGGGACAGCACAUCUUGUCUGUCAGACAGUUCAGCAAGGAGCAGAUCUCACACCUGUUCAAUGUUGCUCACACUUUACGUUUGAUGGUUCAGAAGGAACGAAGCCUGGAAAUACUCAAGGGUAAAGUAAUGGCCUCCAUAUUCUAUGAGGUCAGCACUCGCACCAGCAGUUCCUUCGCAGCGGCCAUGCAGCGUUUGGGCGGCUCCGUCGUCCAUUCCAGCGAGGCCACUUCCUCCUCGCUGAAGGGAGAAUCGCUGGCGGACUCUGUCCAGAUCAUGAGUGGCUACGCUGACGUCCUCGUGCUGCGUCACCCAACACCUGGAGCUGUAGAGAGCGCGUCCCGUCAGUGCCGUAAGCCGCUGAUCAAUGCUGGCGACGGUGUCGGGGAGCAUCCCACUCAGGCCCUGUUGGACGUCUUCACCAUCAGAGAGGAGCUGGGAACGGUCAACGGCAUGACGAUAACGAUGGUUGGAGAUCUGAAACAUGGCCGAACGGUUCAUUCCCUCGCCAAACUGCUGACCCAGUACCGCAUCACUCUGCGUUACGUGGCUCCCAAAAACCUCCACAUGCCAGCAGAGAUCGUCAGCUACGUGGCCUCAAAGGGCAUCAAACAGGAGGAGUUUGACAGCAUCGAGGAGGCUCUGCCUGACACCGACGUCCUCUACAUGACGAGGAUCCAGAAGGAGAGGUUUGCAUCUGAGGAGGAGUACAAAGCCUGUUUUGGUCAGUUCGUCCUCACUCCUCACAUCAUGACUGGAGCCAAACAGAAGAUGGUGGUGAUGCACCCGCUGCCCAGAGUCAAUGAAAUCAGUGUGGAGGUGGACACAGACCCGAGGGCGGCAUAUUUCCGUCAGGCGGAGAAUGGCAUGUACAUCCGAAUGGCCCUGCUGGCCACCGUACUGGGCCGAUAACUCAGUGUGUGUCACAGGCUGGGUCUCUGACCCAGCGCUCUGAGUUCAUUUUGUAUUUGUCUCAUUUUAGAUAUGUGAUUAGUUUGUGUCAUUCCUAUUUAGCUUUAGUUAAGGAAAGGCAGUUAUUAAUUAUUGUUUCCUUGGUUUCUAUGUUUGAGUUCUUGUAUCGUUCAUCACGUGUUAGGUCUGUUAAGCUCGUGUUGUCAUGUCUAGUUUCAGUGUUUCCUGUUUUAUUUUGAAGGAGUCGUGUGUUCUUUGUUCAU